CAAAAUGGCGGCAGAAUUGUACGAGAAAUUAAUAUAGGAGAUCCAAUCAUCUCAGUUUUCGGAAAAGAUAUGACUAGAUUGCAAAUGAAAGCACCAUGGCAGAAGCGAAGAGGAUCCAGCUGACUGCUGUAGGCCCAGUUCAGUCGAAAAAUAAGGAAAAGAAGGAAAUCCCAACGCUUCGAUUUAACUUGACCCUCACGAAAAGCACUUCAAAGACCUGCCCGGAGUUCUCAUACACCGAACUUACUCGUAAUAUAUUGAAUGAAGCUAAGGAGAAUGAAGAAGCGAACCCAUUUUUGGACCCAGAUGAUCCCUUGGCUGUGGAUGACAGAGACAAGAUGUUGGCUCUGGCAAAAUCAUUUGAAGAAAAAUAUGGAAGCAAGCCCAGUAAGCGAAGGCGUGAAGAGCGGCUGGAGGACUUGAUAGACAUGGGGGAAGGCUACGAUGAGAAUGACCCUUUCAUUGACAAUACAGAAGCAUAUGAUGAGAUAGUUCCAUCUUGCCUGACCACAAAGCUUGGUGGGUUCUACAUCAACCAGGGGGCGCUGGACUUCAGAACCCUGGAGGAGGACGAAUCUGAGGCAGACCUCAAGGCAGUAACAAAAAAGAAAAGGAAGAAGAUUAAGAGAAUUACAUCAGAUGAAGAAGGAGAGGGAGGAAUUGUAAAAAGAGGUCCCAAGAAGAGGAAGUCAAAAGAUGGCGAGAUAAAGGAAAAGAAGAAGAGAAAGAAGUCAGCAGGAGAAAUGAAAGGAGAAGAAUUGUUGAAAAAGAUAAAAAGAGAAAGGGGUCGUCCAAAGAAACAGAAGGUGGCUCCCUCUGUGGCUGACCUACUUAAACAGCAUGAGAUCUCACCCACAUCUCAGGGGAAUACAGGGGGCGAUACAGGCAGCUUUAGUACAGGCGUCCAUAACGGUGUGACAGACCCGGAAGAGGCACAGAAGAUCGACUCCACCAUAGAAUCAGUGAUCAGUCAGUCGUUGACCCUUGCUCAGUCUGAGGAAGAGGAGGGCAGUCAGGGGGACGGGCAGUGGUCGGUUCCUGCUGUCCCUGGGGAAUUAGCCCCCAGACUCCCCACAGGCCUGUCUGAUGACCUGGAGAACAAGAUAGAACUCAUUAAAAAGGCAGCAAAACAAUCGACAGAGGGAAAGUGUAAAUUCUUUUCAGCUGCUGUCAAUAGACUUUUAUUAGACAUUGAACAAGACACCAGGGAAAUCAGUUGCUCACAACGAUCAGGGAUCUACAGCCACAUGGCCACCUUCCUACCCUGUAACAAGGAAACUCUGCUAAAACGGGUGAAGAAACUGAAACUGAAUGCGCAGGAUGACCAACUAAAGGAUCCAAUUAACAAACUCAAAGAAGCCAUAGAUGGCGCCAUGCCUGCUCUGCUGGACAGUUACCAGGCGGAGUGUGCCGCUGCCCACCAGGCCAGGCUUAUGGAAGCUAAGGACAAACUAGAAAGCAGCAAGGAUGAGAAGCCAACAGAAAAUGGUGCCGUUGUCCCAUCAGCUACAGGAGCUUCCACGGAGAGUGACGAGGAUGCGGAAGCCAGCCAGCAGGGAGAUAAGAAGAGAAUCAUGGCACCUCGCAAGAAGUUUGAGUGGACUGAAAGUAUCAGAGAGUUGCUGUGUCGUGUGGUCAGGCUGAAGCUCCAGGGCUAUGAGUCCACCAGGGCUAAGGGACAGACUGCCGAGGAGUACCUGAAGGGGUUCCUGGAGGCCGAAAUUAAAACUUUGUGGCCCAAGGGAUGGAUGCAGACAAGGAUGCUGUUUAAAGAAAGUAAAUCGGCUCACUCUUACCUUACAGGUCUACAGUAA